UUUACCGCUUUCUCCUAUGGAUCAACAAAACCCCGCUCCUCCUCCUCCGAUCGCAACUUCCGCCGCCGUCUCCGCCGCUCCCACCGCACCACAGCUCCAACCACAACCACAACCUCCGCCGCCAAAGCCGCAGCCACAGCCGCAGCCACAGCCAUCGCCGUCUUCCUCCGCAACGGCGACUCCGUCGUCAAUUCUGACUCCACUGCCGCCCUCCUCAAACCCCAACCCCGUCCCCAACCAAAACCCUAACCCUAGGCCGCCGACGCCAUUGCCGCUGCAACAUUCUCAGUCCCUUCCUCCGCCGAGCAGGCCUCCGGCAACACUGACUCGCCCUUGGCAGCCGUCUCAUUUGGCACCGUCUUCAGCCUCCGCCGGAAUUUCUCCUUCCUCUUCUUCUCUUUCUUCUUCGGCGUUGCCUCCGACCUCUGCGCCACCGCCUAGAGGCGGUGUCGCCAUCGGCGUUCCGGCGCACCGGCCGAGCCCCUCGCCUUCCCAGCCCGCGCCUUUCUCGGCGUCGUACGGACAUUUCGGUGGAUUAGGUCGUAGCGGCGUCGGUCUUCCCGAAUCGUCCCCAAAUUCCAAUGCUUCUCAGGUGAGGCCGUCCAUGCAAGGAAUCGGGAUGCUGGGAUCGCUCAGUUCUGGUGCGCAAAUGCGGCCGGGUGGGAUACCGCCUCACCAUCAACAAAGGCCUGUUCAACCCUCUCUGAGGCCGGUAUCUUCCCCCAGUAAUCAGCUUCCUUCUUCGCAACAGAAUUACCAGGCUCAUAGCCUUCUGAGAGUGCCAUCAGCAGGAUCUCCUGGUUCGCCAUCACCGAGUAUGUCCCAAAGUGUGCAGUCUCUUAAUCAGCCGUGGUUGGCAUCUGGAUCACAAGGUAAGCCUCCUCUACCAUCCCCUUCAUAUAGGCAGCCGAUGAAUCCGCAGUCCCUGCAGCAGAGAUCACACAUGCAAACUCAACCUCAACAGCAAAUGCAACCGCAACUGCAACCGCAAUCGCAGCUGCAGCCGCAACCGCAACAGCAACAGCAACAGCAACAGAAUCAUCAACUACCCAUGACUGCACAGCAACAUAUGUCAGCUUUGCAGCAGCAGCAGCAACAACCUUCACCGUCACAACAAGCGCAUGAACAUUAUGGUAAACAAGUUCCCUCAUCAAGAGUUCCACAAGCUUUAUCCCAUCAACAACAGAUUACAAGGGUUCAGGCUUCGGGAAACCAAAAGUCGUCUACUCCUGCAAGUGUACAACCUAAUACAGUUCAGUCAGUGCCUCAGAAUAGAAUAUCUACUGCAGAAACUGAUGAAUCUUGUAAUAGGAUUCUUAGCAAAAGAAGCAUCCAUGAGCUAGUCAGUCAGGUUGAUCCAUCUGAGAAGUUAGAUCCUGAAGUUGAAGACAUUCUUAUGGAUAUUGCAGAUGAUUUUGUUGAGUCUAUUACAACAUUUGGUUGCUCACUCGCUAAGCAUCGAAAAUCAACAACUUUGGAAGCAAAGGACAUACUCCUACAUCUUGAACGAAAUUGGAACAUAACCCUUCCCGGGUUUGGUGGUGAUGAGAUUAAGAGCUUUAGAAAACCGGUUGUGAACGAUAUCCACAUGGAACGUCUUGUAGCUAUAAAGAAGUCCAUGUUGACAACCGAGACGGCAAAUACUAGAAAUCCCAGUGGACAAGCUGCUGGAAAUGCAAAGGGAAGUCUGGUAAAGACACCUGCCAAUAUCAAAGGCUCUCCAAAUGUCAAAAUAUAGUUCGACAAGGGCGUUCAUCGACACUGCUUAAUCCAAGAAUGUUUAUGCCAACAAAGGCGUCAAGUUUUGCAGAAUGAAAUCCUGAUGUGAUGCAAUCAGGAUUGUUUUUCUUUUUGAAGUCGUUACCAAAUAUUUUUCCAACCAUUGUUUCACACAAUGAUGCAUCCCGAUAUUGCGGGUUCACCGACUUGUUCCACAGCAGUAACCACUUGGUGCAUGCACAAAGUUUUCUGAUUGCAUUCCCUUUUUAGAGGUCACCGUGGUAUAAAUGUUAAAUCACUUUUUUCAGCAUGGCAGAGCCCGAAAUGUUCUGCUGUUUUUGUCUUUCUUUCGGCUGCAAAUUAACGAAUUACAGUCUUAGCCAAUUUUUUCGUUCAUUACAAAGCAAGAUUUUCUCUUCGGUCUCGAGAUCUUGGUUUCCCUAAUUAAACUUUUAACUUAUUCUUUAUCGUGGAUAGUAGUGGGUGAUGAUGGUGAUUGUUGCAUUAUUUCAAGUUUUUUUUUUCCUUCUUUUUUCCCUCUCUUUUCUUUCU